UGUCUGACGUCAGAGCAGUCACAAGACCCUGCUAGCGGUGCGCGUGUUGGUUUGAGGCCACAGGGCAGCGCGGUCACAUCUUCUGUUAUGUCGCGUCGCGGAGGCUGAAUUGGCACCAUGGCCGCGGACAACCAGCGCUUACGGGUCUUCUGGAGCGGCAGAGGCGGCUGUUUUCUGUGAAUUCGUGGCGGUUACAUAUCACACCAGCGGCGGGCAUUGUGUGUGUGUGCGUGUGUGUGUGUGUUUGUAUGAGUGCGUGGCGGCUGUUGUUGUCUGGCUCGAGAGAGACACACAUCUCCGGGGCUCGUUAGCAACAAGCUAGCAAGUCAACAUUGUGUCGCCGCGGACGUUGGACGCUAAGCUAGCGGUGCUGCUAGCUUGGCCGGUUCGUGUGGAGGGGAGCUGGUGUUGUAGGUGAUGUUGUCCGUGCUCUCGUACGGUAGACUGGUUGCCAGAGCUGUCAUCGGCGGACUUUCUCAGACAGACAGCCGCGACUACAGCCUGGUGACAGCGAGCUGCGGCUUCGGCAAGGAUUUCCGCAAAGGCAUCCUGAAGAAGGGGAUGUGCUAUGGGGACGACGCGUGCUUCAUCGCCCGGCACAGAUCCGCGGAUGUGUUAGGUGUAGCAGACGGAGUAGGUGGCUGGAGGGACUAUGGAGUGGACCCAUCGCAGUUUUCAGGUACCCUGAUGAAGACGUGUGAGAGGCUGGUGAAGGAAGGCCGCUUCGUCCCCAGCAACCCCGUGGGAGUCCUCACGACCAGCUACUACGAGCUGCUGCAGAACAAAGUGCCACUACUGGGUAGCAGCACGGCUUGCAUUGUGGUUCUGGACCGGCAGAGUCACCAGCUGCACACGGCCAACCUGGGAGACUCGGGCUUCCUCGUGGUGCGGGGAGGGGAGGUGGUCCACCGCUCAGACGAGCAGCAGCACUACUUCAACACGCCCUUCCAGCUGUCCAUCGCUCCCCCAGGCGCCGAGGGGGCCGUCCUAAGUGACAGCCCUGAUGCGGCAGACAGCUCUUCCUUCGACGUCCAGCUGGGUGACAUCAUCCUGACCGCCACUGACGGGCUGUUCGACAACAUGCCUGACUACAUGAUCCUGCAGGAGCUGAAGAAGCUCAAGAACUCCAACUAUGAGAGCAUCCAGCAGACGGCCCGGAGCAUCGCAGAGCAGGCCCACGUGCUGGCGUAUGACCCCAACUACAUGUCGCCUUUUGCACAGUUCGCCUGCGACAACGGACUGAAUGUAAGAGGAGGAAAGCCAGAUGACAUCACAGUGCUGCUGUCCAUAGUGGCAGAAUACACCGACUAGAAUCUGUGUGGAGCUGUGACAUGGGGGCAUCUGCCUCUGCAGGUGAUGGACUGCUUUGAUUCCUGCUGGCCAGGAUGAAGGACUAAUGUCAGAUGAUUCCCCCGCAUGCGCCGACUCUACUCUGCCUCAGCUCAUCCCACCCCCCAGCUGACCAUCAACCCCCUUCUGCCACCUGAAAAACUCCUACAUGCUCACAUCUCUCUGAUCGUGUGCAUCAGAGUGGGGCUGAAUAAAGAGGACAAAAAGGCCUGAAACAUCCUGUUGGCAUCUUCGCCCACUGGAUAAUCCCAUUGGCCGGGAUAAGCAGCAGUCAGUUGGUGCAGUCGUUGGAGAUGAGGAUCCUGUUUGACAGGGAUAAGUCGUCUUUCACUGACGGCUGGUUUGGGCGGGGAGGAAGUUGAGAUUCAGAGACGGAGGCCGUUGUAGCCAGACGGUAGGUGUUAGCCCCACGCUGGGACGCUGGAAGGGAAAGACGCAGUCCAUCAGUAGUGUAAAGUAGGGAACUGCACAGGAAAUGGCGGCAUUUAGGGCUUAAUAAAUGGGCUGCCUUGUGCAAACACAUGUUCCUAAUGAUACAGCGGUGGUUAGAAAAGGUCUAACCAUGAAGGUCCUCAAACCUGGUAUGUGGCUGCAGGGAGCAUACGUUCAAUAGCAGGAUGCAAACUGUGUGCUGUUCUGGGAUGUUCUGUUAAAUGUUUGCAAAAAAUGA